AUGGGUUCCUCACCACCGCCUGUUGACCCCGUUCUACAGUCCCCGGUGAAAUCCUACUCCCAAGCUGCUACUCAAAGUUCACGUGAUCUAGAAGGAAAACUAAUAAACGUUAUGCGUUUCUCACCGGUGGUGGAUAUACAAGGAGGUGUAGCAUCUGUUGACCUGCCAGAAGAACUUCUCACUGAAUCCAAACCUUUGUGGUCUGCAUUUGUUAUUGGACACUUCAUGGGGGAUGCUCCACACAUCGGAAAAGUCCACGCCAUAGUAAACCGCAUCUGGUCAUUCCCGGAUAGAUCAGCAAAGAUAGAUGCUCACUUCAUCAGUCCACGUACGGUUCUCUUCCGCAUUGAUAACCAGCACCUGAAGGAGAGAGUCUUGAAGAGAACUUUUUGGCAUAUCGCGGAUAUACCUAUUGUGGUACGAGGAUGGUGUCCUAAAACUGCCUCUGCGCCACCUGAUCUUACGGCUAUUCCGCUAUGGGUGGAUCUCCAAGGGGUCCCGGACCACCUGUUCUCCGACACUGGUCUUGCCUUCUUUGGGGACACAAUCGGCCGUACCGUCAAGCUUCACCGUAAUACGGAACGAUGCGUCCGUCUUGACGUUGCGCGUUUACUCGUGGUUAUGAACCUAGAGGAACCUAUACCUUCGACUAUAAAUGUCAGAGGAUCUGGAGAGACAAUCACUGUCAGCUACCCGUGGUUACCCCCACGAUGCCUUGGAUGUCAGUUAUGGGGUCACACUGAUAAAACAUGCUCCAAGAAUAAGCACAUCAAAGAUAAAACAGAAGGUGCUAAAGAAAAAGAAAAGGAUCCCGUGGGUUCUGAUACGGAGGCUCCUCUGACCAACUCGGCCAGGGAAACAGAGGUCUCAAAAAGUAUUGACACUGACAAACCUGUGCAGGAGGUGGAGAACGUGGAAAAGACGGAAACUACAAUAGACAAGGAGCAUACCGAAGAAGACGGUAACAUUAGCGUAUCGGAUAAGGAAGCGGGUAAUAAUGGUGUUUCUGAGAACGAAGAACCAUGGCUUAUGGUCCCACUGAGCUCGCCUUCUGGGAGUCGGAAACUUGAAAAGCCGGAAACAAGUAAGGUGCCCGAAGAUCAAAGCAAAACCUCACCGUCCCGUUUCCAUUUGCUACGCAAGGAGCUUGAGGAGGGUGAAAUGGAAGAUGAAGACGAAAGUGCAAGCUCCGAGGAGGAAAGCUCAGUCGAAAUAAGGGAAACACUUGAGAAGAGGAAACAAUUGGAGAAGGAAAAGUCUGGAAACGUCUCCGUUAACCUUCUGUUUAAGAGUGACCAAUGCAUCACCGUGUGGGUAACCUCGGAAAGUGGGGAGAAAUUUUUGUGCUCAUGUGUUUAUGCCUCCAACUUUGCUGCCGCCAGACAGCACCUCUGGAGUGAAUUGGCUUACAUAAAGGCACGGUAUGUACUACCUGCAGUCCCAUGGAUUGUGAUGGGUGACUUCAACGAAACGCUAGCUUCCUCAGAGCACUCAAGGGGAUCCCUUUCAAACGCAGGCCUCCGGGGGAUGCAAGCUUUCCAGUCUGCGGUUGCACACUGCAACCUCACCGACCUCACUUCAAUUGGUCCUACAUUCACAUGGACCAAUAAGAAAAAAGAGAAUCCGAUCGCAAAGAAACUGGAUCGAGUUCUUGUCAAUGACCACUGGUUGCACCAAUUUCCGCAAUCUUAUGGAAGUGUGGAGCCUUCGGGCGUCUCAGAUCAUACACGUUACUGGGUUAGGCUAAACACUACCGCGAUGGGGAAGAAGCGACCUUUCAAGUUUUUCAACUUUCUGGCCGAUCAUCCGGAUUUUUUGGAUACAGUUGCUGCGUCUUGGAACUCCACCGAACAGAUCUUCCACUCCACGUCGGCGCUAUUCAGAUUCCACAAAAAGCUGAAACUUCUCAAACCCUUACUGCGGAGACUCAAUCAAAACAGAUUCGGUAACAUACCAAAAAGAACUCAAAAUGCUUUUGAGAAACUUUGCGAGAAACAAAGGUCGGCAUUGCAGGACCCUACGAAAGCAUCAUUUACGGAGGCUGCAGAUGCCAUGAACGACUGGAACCAUUGGGCAUCGAUAGAGGAAAGUUUUCUGCGUCAGAAAUCAAGAAUCACGUGGCUGCAACAGGACGAUCAGAAUUCCUUAUUCUUCUUCAAAAUUGUCCAGGGUAGAACAUCCUACAACAUGAUACGACAGCUCACCUUACCUUCUGGCGAGGUAAUCACUGACCUCCACAAGAUCAAGGGAAUUGCGGCAUCACACUUCGAAAAUUUCCUCAACCAAUCCCCCCAAACGGUAGCGUUGACAAACUCAGCCCAACUAACUGACCUUUUGGAUUUCAGAUGCCCGGAUCACACAGCACAGCUACUUACUCAUCCUAUUUCUGAAGCUGAGAUUCGCAAUGUAUUGUUCUCCAUGCCUUCUAGCAAGGCUCCGGGGCCAGACGGUUUUCCAGCUGAUUUUUACAGAGCUUCAUGGGAUAUCAUAAAGAAAGACUUCAUCAUUGCAGUACAGUCCUUCUUCAUGUUUGGUUUUCUUCCUCGAGGGGUCAAUGCAACCAUACUAACGCUUAUACCUAAACAUGGGGAUGCAAGGGAGAUAAAAGACUACAGACCAAUAAGUUGCUGCAACAUUUUAUAUAAAGUGAUCUCCAAAAUUCUUGCAAACAGAUUAAAGGUGCUACUACCGGAGCUGAUAGAACCGAAUCAGUGCGCUUUUGUCAAAGGUCGUCUCCUGCUCGAAAAUGUCUUGCUUGCUACGGAACUCGUCAAGAACUAUCACAAGGAAUCAAUACAGCCACGAAGCGUCCUCAAGCUGGAUAUUUCAAAGGCUUUCGACUCUGUAAACUGGGUCUUCAUCACGAGUACACUUCGAGCAUUGGGUAUCCCGGAAAUGUUCAUUCACUGGAUCCACACAUGUCUAUCCAGUGCCACAUUCUCUGUUUCUGUUAAUGGUGAACUGGAGGGUUUUUUUGGAAGUGAGCGUGGCUUGCGACAAGGAUGCGCUCUGUCUCCGUAUCUGUUCGUCAUUGCCGUAAAUGUAUUGUCACGAAUGUUAAACAAGGGAGCUCUCUCUCAGCGAUUUGGGUUCCAUCCUCAAUGCAGGAAGGUAAAUCUUACUCACCUGAGUUUUGCGGAUGAUCUUAUGAUUUUCACAGAUGGUGCAGUGGAGUCCCUUAAGGGGAUAUUCGAAAUUCUAACUGAGUUUGAAGGUCUCUCCGGUCUGGUUAUAAACCCGGCAAAAUCCUCUAUCUUCAUGGCUGACCGGAUUAGACAGGAGUUCAAGGACGAGGCUCAUAGACUAGGUAUUCCUACUGAUUCCCUACCGGUGCGAUAUCUAGGACUGCCACUCACAACGAAAACAAUGACCAAAGCAGACUACGAGCCACUCAUUGAUCAGAUUCGUACUCGAAUGGUUUCUUGGUCAAGUAGAUGCCUCUCAUAUGCGGGACGGUUACAACUUGUAAAAACGGUCAUUGGGAGCAUUACAAAUUUCUGGUGCUCGGUUUUUCGACUACCAAAGACCUGUCUCAAUACAAUCGAGGGGAUGUGUGCGGCUUUUCUAUGGUCUGGAUCACCGAAUACACACACAAAGGCAAAGGUUGUGUGGGAGGAUAUUUGCCGACCAAAAGAUGAGGGCGGUUUGGGUAUUAGACGACUAACGGAUACUUCAAGGGUCUUCGCUCUAAGUUUGAUUUGGAGGUUACUCACAAACUCUGGUUCUAUGUGGGUGGCUUGGACGAAGACUUACUUGCUAAACACUCAUAGUUUCUGGGAUACCAAAGGCAACCACGCAGGAUCUUGGAUUUGGCGAAAACUCCUGAAGCUCAGGGACCAAGCGGCACCUUUCAUGAAAUCGGAGAUAGGAAAUGGUAAGGGUACCCUAUUCUGGUAUGAAAACUGGUUACCGGUGGGUAGACUUAUUGACAUUGCAGGUGCUUUAGGAACACAAGUGUUAGGCAUCUCCCGCUAUGCAACCGUCUCAGACGCUGCCUCUGGGGGACAAUGGAACAUACGUCGGUGUCGAGGCUGUCACCUACGGGCGAUGAUAGCCUGCAUCAACUCUGUUCCAGCUCCAGCGGAGGAUGCGGAUGAGGAUAGGACUCUAUGGCGUCACGGAGAUGGGGAAUACAAAGAGAAAUUUUCGAGCACCGAAACAUGGGAGCAAUUACGGGGUUCAUACCCCAAAUUACAAUGGUGUAAAGUUGUUUGGUUUCGACAAAGCAUCCCACGUUUUUCUUUCAUCACUUGGUUGGCUUUUAAGGAUAGGUUGGCGACAGGAACGAGAACAAGAGCUUGGGGUAUUGUUCAACCUUGCCUCCUAUGUGGAGAACCUGACGAAACUCGCGACCACCUAUUCUUCGCAUGCCCUUUUUCCUUUACGAUUUGGCUCGACCUGGUGGAGUUCAUACUGGGACCAAAUGCAAAUCCUGACUGGACAACAACUAUCACCUCCAUCACCUCUAAUCGAAGGAAAGAGACGGACAGAUGCUUGUUGAAGCUUGCCCUCCAGGCAAGCAUUCAUAGCAUAUGGCGUGAGCGGAACAGCAGGAGACACAACAACAAUCCUACAAGCACUGGGCAGUUGGUUCACUACAUCGACAAAACAAUUAGAAACAGGUUAUCUUCCCUCAGGCAAAGAAAUCCUACCUUCUAUGCCGAAACAAUGCAGAGAUGGUUCGAAAGGACAUCUUGA